AACUUGGUAAACAUUCCUCGAUACAAAAAUAGAACAUGACGGACCAAAGCAGUUUCUACAAUUGCACCACGGAAACAUGGCUGUGAAGCGAAUAUUCAAGGUUUUCACUGGGAAGCGAUUAUACUGGGCCCGGUAUGUAUUUAUGACCCAAAUUAAUUUUUCUGCGGGUACAUCGUAUGAAGGUGGGACAUUCAUGCUGGACGUGACAUUCUCAACUGACUACCCAUUUAAACCCCCAAAGGUGUGUUUCAAGACUCGUGUCUACCAUCCGAACAUCAGCAGUGCAGGAUGUCUGAACCUGGACAUUCUGAGAGAAGCCUGGAGCCCAGCACUCACUGUAGCCAAAAUCUUAAUGUGUGUGCGCUGCCUGCUGGUGGAUGACAUUAACCCAGAUGACCCCUUGGUCCCACACAUAGCUCACCUGUUCAAAACUGACCGGGCCAAAUAUGAGCAGACUGUCAGAGAAUGGACGAAGAAAUACGCCAUGUGAGAUCAACGCCACGACACACCAUGUGAACUCAGCGCCACGACACACCAUGUGAACUCAGCACCACAACACAACAUGUGAACUCAGCACCACAACACACAAUGUGAACAAAGCCCCACGACACACCAUGUGAACAAAGCACCACGACACACCAUGUGAACAAAGCAUCACGACACGCCAUGUGAACAAAGCACCACGACACACCAUGUGAACAAAGCAUCACGACACGCCAUGUGAACUCAGCGCCACGCACGCCAUGUGAACUCAGCACCACAACACACAAUGUGAACAAAGCCCUACGACACACCAUGUGAACAAAGCACCACGACACACCAUGUGAACAAAGCACCACGACACACCAUGUGAACACAGCGCCACGACACACCAUGUGAACAAAGCCCCACGACACACCAUGUGAACAAAGCAUCACGACACGCCAUGUGAAAUCAGCGCCACGACACACCAUGUGAAUUCAUCACUACAACACGCCAUUUGAACCCAUCGCCACGACACACCAUGUGAACAAAGCAUCACGACACACCAUGUGAACAAAGCCCCACGACACACCAUGUGAACUCAGCGACACGCCACACCAUGUGAACUCAUCGCUACAACACGCCAUGUGAAUUCAUCACUACAACACGCAAUUUGAACCCAUCGCCACAACACGCCUUGUGAACAAAGCGCCACGACACACCAUGCGAACUCAGCACCACGACACACCAUGUGAACUCAGUGCCACGACACACCAUGUGAACUCAGCGACACGCCACACCAUGUGAACUCAGCGACACAACACACCAUGUGAACUCAGCGACACGCCACACCAUGUGAACUCAGCAACACGCCACACCAUGUGAACUCAGCGACACGCCACACCAUGUGAACUCAGCGACACGCCACACCAUGUGAACUCAGCGACACGCCACACCAUGUGAAUCAGCGACACGCCACACCAUGUGAACUCAGCGACACGCCACGCCAUGUGAACUCAGCGACACGCCAUACCAUGUGAACUCGGCGACACAACACACCAUGUGAACUCAGCGACACGCCACACCAUGUGAACUCAGCGACAAAACACACCAUGUGAACUCAGCGACACAACACACCAUGUGAACUCAGCGACACGCCACACCAUGUGAACUCUGCCUCACGGCAUGUUAUGUGAAUCCUCAACAUCAACACGCAAUGUGAACCAUCAACAGGUCAUGUCGGCAAUAUUUCAGCCAUAUUGUUGCUUGAACAAAUUUACAUAAAUAUUAUUGAAAAACUACUUGUCAAAAUAGUAACCAAUAGUAAUAUGUCACUGAUUUAAUUAAAACUAUAGUUAGAGAACAAUAAAUCAGACUAUUAGACAAGGAUACAAAAAUGUAGACUAUUGGUUGCCAGAAACCAAGUAAGGAUGCCAUACCAGGGGCAAGUGGGGAUUUACUUACCUCUGCUACCUGCCGGGUACCCAUUAGUAUUUACCCCACCCCUCUAGAUUUGCACCAUUACUCUAGAGUUACAUCAUUCCUAAGGAUUUACCCCUUCCCUCUAGAUUUACACCAUUUAUCUAUAUUUACACCACCCCUCUAGACUGACACCAUCCCACUGAAUAUAGACCAUCCCUCUAGAUUUACCCCACCCCUCUAGAUUUUACACCAUUUAUCUAUAUUUACACCACCCCUCUAGAUUUACCCCACCCCUCUAGAUUUACACCAUUUAUCUAUAUUUACACCAUCCCUCUAGAUUUACACCACCCCUCUAGAUUUACCCCAUCCCUCUAGAUUUACACCAUUUAUCUAUAUUUACACCACCCCUCUAGAUUUACACCAUCCCUCUAGAUUGACACCAUCCCACUGAAUUUACAUCAUCCCUCUGGCUUUUUGCUGUUGUCGGAAUAAUGGUGAUAUAUCAUGAUAUAAUUAUAAAGGAACGUUAAAGAAUGAAUAAUAUUUAUUGUUGUUGAAUACCACAUUCCUGUACAUGUAUGUCGACAGUUUGUAAUACCAGUCUUGUAUCCCUUGGAGCUCAAUUUACAACUUGCCUGUGAGUGUAAAAAGAGGGUUUAUUCUAUUUUGAUAGAUUCAUGUGUAACAUAGGAGAAGACAGUAUCUGUGUUUACACCGACAUUAGAUGGUGUAACGUGUCUGUACUAUGUGUCACAUGUCCUUCAUUAAUCAAAUAAAUUCCCUGAAGCAGCA